AUGAUUCCUAGGAAACUUCUUCCCAUUUCGGACGAGUUUGAAUCCGAGGAGGACUACGUCGAAAAACUCCUCCAAUUCGUAACCACAACUGAUGUUUUCCAAAUUCUUUGUGGCGGGGUGCAUAUUCUGGAUUUCUUUGCAUCCGAACCGGGAGUCUUCUAUGGCGCCAUACCAGAAGAAUGGCAGCAAUUCCUUCUCGAGGCCGAGCCAUGGGCCUUGUUGGAUUUUCUGAUGAGAGACAAUCUUGAUACUAUCACGGCUGUCAAAGGGUCCAGCAUCCCCCUACCACCCAGUCUGGUGCAGUACAUCAGGAACAUUAGAAAGUUUUCCCUGAGGCGUACAGUCUCGCCUCAUCAUGCUGGCAGCUCUUCGCCAACGCUCCCCAGGCACAUCUCCGUGGGGAUGAAACCCAAGAAGAUUCACGAGGUUGCCAGCUUUGCCGACUAUGUGAACCGACUGGCUGGUGAAUUCGAUGGCAGCGACGGAGAGAUCUCGCACCUGGUAGACUUUGGCAGCGGCCAGAACUACCUAGGUCGCACUCUUGCCGCAGAACCCUACAGCCGGCAUAUCAUUGCGGUCGAGGGCAGGGAGGCAAACAUUAACGGCGCAAAGGCUUUGGACCGGCUAGCUGGCGUCGCGGGGAAGAUCAAGCUCAUGCGCAACAAGAAGGCGUAUAUGCAGUAUCUUGACAGCAAGGCCACACCGGAGAAAAAACAAAAGGCGAGUGAGAAGACACAGAGACGACUGGCCAUGGGACCCGUCGUGUCGGAGGAGGAGUUUGCGGCUGCGGACCUGAGGUCGCGAAAGGAGAUUGGAGACUACGAUCCAGGCCUACCAGUCACCGGCAAAGGCUAUAUUCAUUACGUGGCCGGACGGCUGGAGACCGGAGAUCUAGCAGGCGUACUGAGCCAAGUACGCGAUCAGAUGCCCGAGGAUAGGCGAGAGCUGGACCUGCGGCUGCUGGCCGUCUCGAUACACUCCUGCGGUAAUCUCUCCCACUAUGGCAUCAGAUCAAUGCUCAUGAAUCCAACGAUCCGUGCGGUCGCAAUCGUCGGGUGCUGUUACAAUCUGAUGACGGAGCGGUUGGGCCCACCGACCUUCAAACCAGCGUUUGAGCGGCCCACAUUUGACAGCGUCAAUGGUAGAGUCCGCAAGGAGGAGGAGAGGAAAGAUCCACAGGGUUUCCCCAUGAGCAAUCGUCUCGGCACGUACAAGAGCAGAAACGGAGCCGAAGGGGUGAGGCUUAACAUCACGGCGCGGAUGAUGGCGUGUCAAGCUCCGCAAAACUGGACCGAGGCUGAAAGUGCAGGCUUCUACGACCGACACUUUUACCGGGCCGUGCUCCAGCGCGUCCUACUGGACAGGGGGGCCAUCACAAAGCUCUAUUACCGCGAGGAUGUCGCCGACGGUCCGACCACGGGCGGCGAGGGAUGGAAGGAGACGCCAUUUAACAUGAGCACCAACCCCGUAAUCAUUGGCUCAUUGAGGAAGCAGUGCUACACGUCUCUGACUGCAUACAUCCGGGGGGCGAUCGACAAGCUCAUGACAAACGAAGACUAUAGCCAAUACAGUGCUGUAAUCAAGGAGAAGGUAUCGGACAUAACGGACGAGGAGAUUGAAAGCUACAACCAGCGCUAUGGACACCGCAGGAACGAGCUCUCCUCGGUGUGGAGCCUUAUGGCGUUCAGCGCCUGUGUGGUCGAGUCGCUGAUCGCUACCGACAGGUGGCUGUUUCUCAAAGAGCACCCAGACCAUGUCAAAGACGCCUGGGUCGAGCCGGUGUUUGAUUACAGGCAGAGUCCACGGAACUUGGUCGUCGUCGGGAUUAAAAAGUAG